AUGACCACACUCUCUUCCGUGAAUCGGCCAUUGGUGCUGAACCAUGGCUCGAUCGAGUCUACUGUUCUGAUCCCCUCUUCCGCAUAUCUUUUCUACCAAGAACUGACCACAGGCUUCUCUAAGAGCUUGCCUGAAGUCACCGAAGGAUUUGCCAACGAUGAUGAGCCUUCCUCAAAAGCGGAGCUCUUGCUCAAGUUUUUGGGCUACAUUGUGACCUCUUCUUCUGCUGUGGAAGCUGAGAAGCGUGAGGCCGCUGCCUUGGUGCUUGAAGAAUUUGAGACGAGGUUUCUCCAAGGCCAGGAUAUCCACGCGUUUGCCGCAUCCGCCCUUGAGAACGACGACUCGCCAACCACCUCUUUCAAAGUCAAGAACAAUCUCAUCAGAAACUACUACUCGGGCAAAGUGUUUCUGAAGGCCACGUUCGAGUCUGAGAAGCCAAAGGCGGCGCUCUUCAAGGCUGCUGCUGCCGACGAGGCCCGUAUCUUUGCGAUCUUUGGUGGUCAAGGUAAUACCGACGACUACUUCGAGGAGCUUAGAGACAUAUACCACACAUACAACGGCUUGAUCUCGGAUUUUCUCCACAAGGUUCAGGCCAAGCUCCAGGGUCUGAUUAGAUCUACUCCUGAUACCGAUAGAAUUUACUCGCAGGGAAUGGAUCUCAUCAACUGGUUAGAGAACGAGGACUUGACUCCUGAUGCUGACCAUCUUUUGUCGAUCCCAAUCUCGUGUCCUUUGAUCUGUGUGAUCCAAUUGUGUCACUACAUAAUCACCGCAAAGGCGCUUAGUCUGACACCUGGCCAGAUUCGUGACUUGAUGAAGGGUGCUACUGGACAUUCUCAGGGUUUGGUCACUGCUGUUGUGGUUGCUUCCUCUGGUUCGUGGGCUGAGUUUGAGGUGAACGCUUUGAAGGCAGUUGAGUUUUUGUUCUUCAUUGGUGUCAGAUGUCUUCAGACUUACCCAAACACCUCGCUCUCCCCAAGCAUUGUUCAGGACUCUAUCGACAACGCCGAGGGAAAGCCUUCUCCAAUGCUCUCAGUCAGAGACUUGUCCUACGACCAGGUGACCAAAUUUGUUAAUGAAACAAACCAGCAUCUUCCUCUGGAGAAGCACAUCGACAUCUCUCUGGUCAACGGUGCCAGGAAUUUGGUGCUUACCGGUCCUCCCCUUUCCCUCUACGGUUUGAAUUUGAACCUGAGAAAGGCGAAGGCCCCAUCCGGAUUGGACCAGUCGCGUAUCCCAUACUCAGAGAGAAAGCUCAAGUUUUCCUCGAGAUUCUUGCCUAUCCUGUCACCUUUCCACUCUCAUUUGCUCAAGAGCGCUACUGGUAGAAUCAUUGAUGAUCUUGCCAACUCGAACCUCGAGUUCCCUACAGCCGAUAUCAAGAUUCCUGUUUUCGACACAUUUGAUGGUUCUGAUCUGAGAGAAUACUCUGGAUCCGUUGCCUCUAGAAUGGUCGAGUCGAUCACCCACCUCAGAGUUAACUGGGAGACGGCCACUAGCUUCAAGGCCACUCACAUCCUUGAUUUUGGUCCAGGAGGCUCUUCUGGUCUCGGUGUUUUGACUCACAGAAACAAGGACGGUACUGGUGUUAGAGUCGUUGUUGCCGGCACUUUGGACAACACUGAUGGUGAGUUUGGAUACAAGCAGGAGCUUUUUGAUAUCUCCCCAGACUCAGUUCAAUACGCCCCCAACUGGCUCAAGGAGUUCCAGCCAAAGUUGAUAAAGACUGAGGCAGGCAAGGUGUUUGUUGACACCAAGUUCUCGAGACUUUUGGGUAAGGCCCCAUUGAUGGUGCCAGGUAUGACCCCAACCACUGUCCACCCAGACUUUGUUGCUGCAACCAUUAAUGCUGGUUACCACAUUGAACUCGCUGGUGGUGGAUACUUCAACCCAGUCCAGAUGGAGACUGCCCUCAAGAGAGUUGCCGACCAGGUCAAGCCAGGUUCCGGAAUUGGUGUCAAUCUCAUCUACGUCAGUCCAAGAAUGCUCCAGUGGGGUAUCCCUCUGAUAAAGGACCUUAGAGAUCGCGGGUUUCCUCUGCAGUCUUUGACUAUUGGUGCUGGUGUUCCAUCUCUCGAGGUUGCCACCGAGUAUAUCGAGACUCUUGGAAUCUCCCACCUGGGCUUGAAGCCAGGUUCGGUUGAUGCCAUCAACCAGUGUAUUACCAUCGCGAAGGCCCACCCAACCUUCCCUGUCGUGGUCCAAUGGACCGGUGGUAGAGGUGGUGGUCACCAUUCCUUUGAAGACUUCCACCAACCAAUUCUUCAGAUGUACUCCAAGAUCAGACGUUGUUCCAACAUCAUCCUGGUUGCCGGUUCCGGGUUUGGUUCUGCUGAUGACACUUUCCCUUACUUGUCAGGUGAAUGGUCACUGAAGUUCAACUACCCAGAAAUGCCAUUUGACGGUGUUUUGUUCGGUUCUAGAGUGAUGACUGCCAAGGAGGCUAAGACAUCUCCAGAUGCUAAGAAGGCCAUUGCUGCCUGCUCUGGUGUUGACGACUCUCAGUGGGAGUCCUCUUACAAAAAGCCAACCGGUGGUAUCGUGACUGUAAGGUCCGAGAUGGGCGAGCCAAUCCACAAGAUUGCUACUAGAGGUGUGAUGUUCUGGAAGGAGAUGGACGACACCAUCUUCAACUUGCCAAAGGCCAAGCUCAAGGAUGCCUUGGAGAAGAAGAGAGACCACAUCAUUGCUAAGUUGAAUGCUGACUUCCAGAAGCCAUGGUUCGGUAAGAACGCUGACGGUGUUUGUGAUAUCCAAGACAUGACAUACAAAGAGGUUGCCGAGAGAAUGGUGGAGCUCAUGUAUGUCAGAAAAUCGUCGAGAUGGAUUGACGUCUCUCUCCGUAACUUCACGGGCAACUACCUGAGAAGAGUCGAAGAGAGAUUUUCCAAAAAGGCAGGUCCAUCCGUCAUCCAGUCUUUCUCUGCCUUGGAUGCUCCUGAUGCUGCUUUGGAAACUGUCUUCAAGGCUUACCCAGCUGCAACUACUCAACUCAUCAACGAGCAAGAUUGCGACUUCUUUUUGUCCUCAUGCCAGUCUCCAUCUCAGAAACCCGUUCCUUUCGUUCCAAUUUUGGAUGAGAGAUUUGAAUUCUUUUUCAAGAAGGACUCUCUGUGGCAGUCUGAGGAUCUCGAAGCUGUCGUUGAUGGCGAUGUCCAGAGAACUUGUAUCCUUCAUGGUCCUGUUGCUGCCAAAUUCACCAACGUGACUGAAGAGCCAAUUGCCGAAAUUUUGGAUUCAAUCCACGAAGGCCACAUUGCCAAGCUUCUUGCAUCUAAUUACUCUGGUGAUGCUUCUGCCAUCCCAGUUGUCCAAUACUUUGGUAAGAGUCUCAAUGUUGAGGCUCCAACUGCUGUUGCUGGCUGCUCUAUUGAAGGUGACACCUACACCGUCACAUGCCCAUUCAUCAAGCCAGAGGCCUGGUACAGCUUGCUUGCCGGCGAUAAACUGUCUUGGAGACAUGCUUUCCUGACUGCUGAGAGACUUGUCCAAGGUUACAACCAUGUUGCCAACCCAGCUAAGGCUGUCCUUAAGCCUUUCAAGGGUCUGACUGUCAAGAUCUCUAACGACGUAAUCACCGCCUACGAUAAGAUCCACGGUAAGCUCAGUGAGGUUGCCGUGAUUUCUCACUCUGGCUCCACCAUCAAGAUGGAGUUGAUUGAGCACAGAACCCAGGAUGGUAAGGCCGUUGGCCUUCCAUUGCUGUACACUUACGAGCCAUCUGAUGGAUUUGCUCCAAUCAUUGAAGUCAUGGAAGGCCGUAACGAGCGUAUCAAGCAGUUCUACUGGAAGCUAUGGUUUGGAUCAUCAUCACCUGUUGAUCUCGACUUCAAUGUUCACGAGCCAAUCGACGGAGGAUCUGUUACUAUCACUAGCCAGGCCAUUGCCGAGUUGACUCACGCCGUUGGAAACUCUUGCGAAGACUUUGUCCCAAGAGAAGGUGGCGAGCAAUUGGCUCCUAUGGAUUUUGCUAUCAUCAUUGGUUGGAAGGCUAUCAUGAAGUCUAUCUUCCCAAAGACAGUUGAUGGUGAUAUCCUGAGAUUGGUCCAUUUGUCGAACUCUUAUAAGAUGUUCCCAAAUGCUGCUCCUCUUAAGAAGGGUGACGUUGUGUCCACUACCUCGGAAGUAUCUUCUGUGGUCAACGCCGAGAACGGUAAGACCGUUGAGGUUGUUGGUACUUUGUUCAGAGACGGCGAGAAGGUAAUGGAGGUGGCUUCUCAGUUCUUUUACCGUGGAAAGUAUCUGGACUUUGAGAACACCUUCCAAAACAAGCCAGAGGACCCAGUCCAGAUCUCGUUGGCCACUUCGAAGGAUGUUGCUGUUCUGAGAUCAAAGGAAUGGUUCCACUUGGAUUCUGACAUUGAUCUUUUGAACAAGGUUUUGACUUUCCGCUGCCAGACUUCUGUCACUUACAGAAGCGAGAAGGUGUUUUCGUCUGUCAAGACCACUGGUCAAGUCUUCUUGGAGCUACCAUCUAAGGAGAUCAAGCAAAUCGCUGAGGUCUUGUAUGAGUCUGGUACGUCUCACGGUAACCCAGUCACUGAUUACCUUGCUCGUAACGGUUCUACCAUCGAGCAACCAAUCAUGUUUGAGAACCCAAUCCCAUUGUCUGGUGAAUUGCUCUCCAAGGCUCCGGGAACUAACGAGACUUAUGCUGCUGUUUCUGGUGACUACAACCCAAUCCACGUUUCCAGAAUCUUUGCCUCUUACGCGAACUUGCCCGGAACUAUUACCCACGGUAUGUACUCUUCUGCUGCUGUCAGAUCUCUGGUUGAGAUGUGGGCUGCUUCCAACGUUGCUUCCAGAGUGAGAGCUUUCAAGGCCAACUUUGUCGGCAUGGUCUUGCCAAACGACCAAUUGUCCACCAAACUGGAGCACGUUGGUAUGAUCAACGGUCGUAAGAUCGUGAAGAUUGAAUCCAAGAAGGUCGAGUCUGGCGAGACCGUCUUGCUUGGUGAGGCCGAAAUCGACCAACCCGUCUCUACUUUCGUGUUUACCGGUCAAGGUUCUCAAGAGCAGGGUAUGGGUAUGGAUUUGUACGGAAGUUCCGAAGUUGCCCGCUCUGUUUGGGAUAGAGCUGACCGUCAUUUCGUUGAAAACUAUGGUUUCUCCAUCCUGAACAUUGUGAAGAACAACCCUAACGAGCUGACUAUUCACUUUGGUGGAUCCAAGGGCCGUGCUAUCCGCGAGAACUACAAGAGCAUGAUGUUUGAAACCAUCAACGAAGACGGUUCUUUGAAGUCUGAGAAGAUUUUCAAGGAGAUCACCGAGACCACCAACUCCUACACUUUCCGCUCUCCAACUGGUUUGCUGUCUGCUACUCAAUUCACACAACCAGCCUUGACUCUUAUGGAGAAGGCCUCGUUUGAGGACAUGAAGAGCAAGGGAUUGGUUCCUUCGGAAUCCAUGUUUGCGGGUCACUCGCUUGGUGAGUAUUCUGCUCUUGCCUCUCUGGGUGAUGUUAUGCCAAUUGAAUCGCUGGUGGAUGUCGUUUUCUACCGUGGUAUGACAAUGCAAGUUGCUGUGCCAAGAGAUGAGCUCGGAAGAUCUAACUACGGUAUGAUUGCUGUCAACCCAUCCAGAAUUUCGGCCACUUUCAACGAUGCUGCUCUGAGAUUUGUUGUUGAGCACGUUUCCAAGCAGACCAAAUGGUUGUUGGAAAUUGUCAACUACAACGUUGAGAACACUCAAUACGUUGCUGCCGGUGACUUGAGAGCCUUGGACACCCUCAGCAAUGUGCUCAAUGUGUUCAAGCUCCAAAAGAUUGACAUUGUCAAGCUUCAAGAGAUGAUGCCUUUGGAGAAGGUUGCUGAGCACUUGACCGAGAUUGUGGAGGAGGUUUCCAAGAAGUCCAUCGCCAAACCCCAGCCAAUUGACUUGGAGAGAGGUUUCGCAUGUAUUCCACUCAAGGGAAUCUCCGUUCCAUUCCACUCUUCUUACCUGAGAUCUGGUGUGAAGCCAUUCCAGAGAUUUAUGAACAAGAAGAUUCCAAAGUCUGCCGUUAAGCCAGCGAACCUAAUUGGCAAGUACAUUCCAAACUUGACGGCUAAGCCAUUCGAGAUCACAAAAGAGUACUUCGAGGAGGUCUACCAAUUGACAGGCUCGGAAAAGAUCAAAGCUGUUCUAGACAACUGGGACCACUACGAAUCCUCCUAG